AUGAGAUAAAGAUAAACAUAUUAACCAAAUUAUCUACAGAUUUCUUAAUUAGAAAAACCAAAAAGAAAUGUGCAUUCAUAUGGAAAAGAACUUAAAACCCCUGAUUCAAUAAAGCCUCUAAGUGCUUUAAUGAAUUUGAGACUUUUCCUUUAUAAAACAAAAUAAAAACUAGAUUAUAAAUAGGCAAGUCAAUUUACUAGAAAUGAUCCAUUAGUAAAAGAGCAACCAUCUUUCUUAUAUAAUAAAUUGUAAAUAGAAUAGGAUAAUUAAAUAAAAUUUCAAGCAUAUUUAGAUGGAGAUUUACAAGCUGAUGAAUAUUUGACUCUAUAAAAUUACAAGAGAUUAUAUAAAAUAACAAAGAACGAUAAUGGAUCUUUUGAUAAUACAAAUGAUGACAUUCCAUAUUAUACUCAAAGAGAAAGUGCUUUAAAAAAAUUGAAAGAGAGGAUUAUUCAUAGACAUAAUCUUAAUAAGAGAAAAAGAGGAUCAGAAAUAAGCAGUCAAAUUGAUACAUCAAAAUGUGAUACUCCUAGUAUAUAAUUAGCUAAAUAACUCAAAAAAGUUAUAAUUAGAAAACACAUGAAUAAAAUAAAUGAAGAAUUAACAGCGUAUAAAAUUAUUAUUAUUUAGAGAGAAUACUUUAAAGAAUUUAAAAAUGGUUCAAAAUGCAAACUUUGCUGUAUAAUAAUUACAGGAAACAUUUGAAAAUGAUAAAUCUUUAUAAAGUAGUGUUUAAAAAAAAGUGAAUUCAACUAAGCAAUUAAAAAUAAUAACUAGAAGAAAUAAAACAGAGAUUGGUGAAGAUAAUUAAGAUAGUAGAAUAUAAUUAAGUAAUGAAAUAACUAAUUUUGCUAAUAACACAAUUUAUGAAUCAUAAAUUAAAGAUAAAUCAAAAUAAUUAAAGUCAAAAACACUCAGAUUCUCUAAUGCUAAAAUGAAUCAAAUAUUUAUACAAAAAUCUUAAUAAUCUUUUAGAGAAUAAAGAAAAUGUGUCACUGAUAGAUCACAAUAAUCAUAUAAUUAAAAAAAUAAUUCUAAAUAAAAAUUACAUUAUUAAGGUGAGGAUAAAUUAGAGGAAAGAGAUGAUUCAGCAGAAUCAAGUCUCUGUUCUUUAUUUGAAAAGAAAAUCAAUUAUUUAUAUAAUUAAAGCAUAUUAUUAAAGAAGAAUAUUUCAACUAAAGAUAGUCUAGUCAAACGUAUUAAACAUAUGCAAAGUUUUAAUUAAAUUGUAGGAUAGGCUGUGCAAACAAAUAAUUAAAAAUUAUAUUAAAUUUGA